AUACAUGCGCCUUGUAUAACAAUAAAUAAUAAAUAGGAGUACAAGAUGAACAACAACUCAUUCCACUACUUUUUGCAGCUGCCUCUAGAACUACGCCGUCUUAUCUGGAAGCACUGCCUACCGUAUCGUAUAGCAGAAGAAGACAUCCCUGGCUUCCUUCUCGAUGGCAACGAGUCCCGUCAAGUCUGCUGGGCCGACCGUAUAACAUACCAAAACGCUCAGCCGCCGCUCAUUGCAUUUGUUAACAGCGAGUCUCGGCAAGUCGCGCUAGAACAGGGACGCAGGUUGGAACUGGAAGACGCAACUAGCUUAAAGUCGAUAUGAGUGCAGCCGCGUCGGGAUGUGCUGCAUCUUAACUGGACGCGAACGAGCUACAAUGUCUUGUGGACGGGUUAUGAACCUUCGUCUUCGAUUGCUAUGUUCCUGUCGGGGGCAAAGGAUCUUGGGAUGCAGCCUUCUGUCGUGGCAGAGAUUAUUUACCAUUUUAGCUUGAAGGUGCUGUUGGAUGGCGCUGAUGGCGCUGAUCCAUUCGACAGCCUAUGGCGUCGUUAUCACGGCGUAUAUGACCCUCUAACAAAUGAGGAAGCGUACGGAACAUCGAUUUGUGUGGAAAGUCAAAGCAGGCUAGACAUAGCCAUGGCGGCGGUUUCUCUGCAUAUCACCAGGAAAGCGGCUCUGAAGUCUGGCCUGUUUGGGUUGUUAGGCGAUGCGCCUGUUCAGAUAGUUGAUAUUGACGACGAGGCUCGGUCGAGGGAAUUUCAAGCAUUAUUCAGGGAACACGCAUUAGAAAAGGAACCGGCCGUGCAAACACUCUUCGAAUUAUGCACAAGUUCUCGAUUCCAAACGGCUGUGGAAGUAUGGAGAAGACAAGAUGAAUGUAUUAUCUUCGCAAACAUGUGGGAAUCUGCGCGAAAGGAAAACCUCGACAUUCUCGGGACGGACCCGGGCUCCGCUUGGAUACCUUACCUGUCGAAGCAAGAAUUCAUCAACAUGUCUCAGUAUUUGCCUAAUGAGAAGCAUCCGUGGGCCAAGCAAGCUAGGCAGAGUAUGACCAAGCUGCGACCGCGGAUCAUGGUGCGUUAUUGUACCAAUGAGUGUUAUAUGAAGGAUCCACCUCCUAAGUAUUUCGGGACUUGAGUAUAUAACAAUAGAGUUGUCCCCCGAGACUAUACAUGCUUUUUUUACACGCCUCAGCAAGAUGAUCAUGCAUACCCUGCGUAAUAAUAAUAGUCUCGACAUGGCUCAAUGCUUGUCCCGCGCUAUUAAACUGGGUGACAUAGUCUCUCACUCACUGCUCCACCUUGUCAAAACCUGCUUUGGCCUUGUUAUUAUUUCUCUUUCCCAAGAAAAAGAAGAACAAGUUCAGCAACAGGUAUGUUCGGUCUAAUGAGCUCAAAUGUGUGAGAGUAUUACCCAAACAGGAGUGGGACACCAAAA